UCAUUACUAUUUUGUCAUUUCUAUCUUCCCUAUUUUUUAUAUUAAUAAAUCCUAUUUAAAGCAAUACUUAUUAUUCGGUAUCUGUGAGGCGAAUAUAAUCAAAUUAUGUCGAAACGAAAUAGUGUAGGGAGUGGAAAUACGCUCUUUAAUUAUUUCUCUAAAACUCCACCGGCUAGUAAAAAGAUCAAGUCUGUCGAAUCGGAAUCCAGCCCAAAACUAGACACAUCUAUAAAUAAUUCUGGAGGUUCUAAAAAAGAAAAAAAGAAGCGUGAGAGACAGCCUACAGUGUCACCUGAAGUACAGAAACAAAAAAUAUAUGACAGUGAUGAUGAGAUCCCUGUGGGUCCAAAGAAACGAAAGCGGAUCCGUCUAAAUCCUAUGGAUUCAGAUGAUUCUGAUACUGAAAAUAAAGAAGACAACAGAAUAAGUGCACCAAUUGAGAAGACACCAUUAGAGAAAAAAUUACAUGACAGUUUCAAGUACACGCCAAAUGAGUCUCCAAAGGCCAGUACUGUGAAGAAAAGCUUUAGUAAUGGGACCACACCAAUAAAAUCGUCAGAACCACAAGAGAAAUUCGAAGUACCCGAUGGCGACAAUUGGGUCCACUGUAAAUUGGAUUGGCUUAAACCAGAAAAGAUUCGUGAUGCAGAGAAACGAAAACCAGAUCACCCUGACUAUGAUCCUAGCACUCUGUAUGUGCCACCGGAUUUUUAUAAAACUCAGACACCUGCGCAUCGCCAGUGGUGGGAAAUUAAGUCGUCACAUUAUGACUGUGUGUUGUUCUUUAAAGUCGGAAAAUUCUAUGAGCUCUAUCACAUGGACGCUACAGUUGGAGUCAGUGAACUUGGGUUCUCAUAUAUGAAGGGUGAAUUUGCACAUUCCGGUUUCCCUGAGAGUGCAUACGCGAGGAUGGUGUCUACAUUGGUGUCUAAAGGAUAUAAAGUGGCGCGCGUUGAACAAACAGAAACACCUGAUAUGAUGCAAGAGAGGUGUAAACAAACGGGUAAAAACAGCAAAUGGGAUAAAGUGGUCCGUCGCGAGGUUUGCCAGGUGACAGUCCGCGGUACACAAGUCUGUGGACUACAGGACCCGGGGCCAGCCGAGUCCGGUGCCGCUUAUAUGUUGGCCAUUGCUGAAGAGGAAAGUAACACCGGUAGUACAUAUGGCGUGUGUUUUGUGGACACAUCCAUCGGGUUGUUCCAUCUCGGCCAGUUCAAAGACGAUAAGCAUUCUUCCAGGCUGCUUACUACGUUGGCGCACUAUCCACCGGCAUUGAUUGUGUAUGACCGCAAAACUACAACGCCUCGCACUAGCAGACUCCUUAGUUCACACUGCCACAGUGCACGCAGGGAGCCCAAAGGACUCUGGCAACCAGAGAAGACUUUGAAGGUAUUGGCUGAAAAGUAUUACAGAACAAAUGCGGAUGGGGACUGGCCAGAAGGAAUUAAACCAUUUUUACAUGAAGGUGAUACACUAGGACUCACUCCAGCAUCAGACAGUUACUUGGCAAUCAAAGCAUUAGGAGGUUGCGUAUUGUACCUAACGGAAUGUCUACUAGAUAUACAAAUAUUAGGAAUGUCCCAAUUCAUGUCCUAUGUACCACCAGAUGUACUAAAUGAAACCUUAUCGCAAGAAGAUAAAUUUGAAAAUAAAUGGGAAGGGGGUAACACUAUGGUUCUUGAUUCUAUUACAUUGAGAAAUUUAAGAAUUGUCCAAGAUGCAGGUUGUUUAUAUGACAAACUAAACUUUUGUUCCACUCCAAUGGGAAAAAGAUGGCUAUACCAGUGGGUGUGUGCACCCAGUAGCAACAUAGAGGUCAUAAAGGAGAGACAAGAAGCCGUGAAAGCAUUAUUUGAAGAUCAGGAAAUAUGUCAGGACGCCAAAAAUAUUUUAACUACUUUGCCUGACUUAGAAAGACUUUUGGCCAAAGUUCACGCCCUUGGAAACUUAAAAAAGUCAAAACUGCACCCCGAUUCGCGUGCUAUAUUGUACGAGGAGAAAACAUAUUCUAAACGCAAAGUUCUCGAUUUCAUAUCAAUUCUGAAUGGGUUCACGGCAGCGCUGAAACUAAUUCAGUUAUUCUCUAGUGUCGACUCUGUGUUGUUGAAGAGAAUAACCCAAUUCAGACCUGAUGGGAAAUUCCCUGACUACAGAGAUACUUUAAAGUUUUUUAAGGAAGCAUUCAACCAAACCGAAGCUGAGAAAGAAGGUCGUAUAGUGCCGGGGGAAGGUGUCGAUCAAGAAUACGACAGUACUUUGAGGCUUAUAAAUGAAAUAGGAGAAGAAUUGGAAGAUUAUCUUAAAGACCAGGAAAAGUAUUUCAAAUGUAGGUUAACAUAUGUGGGCACUGAUAAGAAGAGGUAUCAAAUUGAGGUACCACAGAGUGCUGCUUCUAAAGCCGGUCCGGAUUAUCAGUUAGAAGGAGCACGUAAAGGUUUUAAGAGAUUCUCUACUGAAGAAACAAAGGAUUUCCUAGCUCGUAUGAUAGCAGCUGAAGAACAAAAGACUAAUGUGCUAAAGGAUUUGAGCCGUCGUAUAUUUGAGAAAUUCUCGUCACAUUACGACAAGUGGGAGGCUGCGGUGCAGUGCUUGGCCACGCUGGAUAUUUUGUUGGCUUUUACGGAGUUUGCCCGCCAACAAACCGGCGAUGUGUGCUUACCUCAAAUUACUUUUGACAGCAAUAAGAAGCCAUAUAUAAACAUUGUGGAAGGACGUCACCCGUGCAUACCGAUCGUGAACGAGUUCAUCCCCAACGACACGGAGCUGGGCGAGCAGGGUACACUGCUGCUGUUAACGGGACCCAACAUGGGUGGCAAGUCCACACUAAUGCGGCAGGUGGCGCUGCUGACCGUCCUCGCGCAUUUGGGUAGUUACGUCCCAGCGCAGGAUUGCAGUCUAAGCGUGGUGGAUCGCAUCUUCACCCGUCUGGGGGCCUCCGAUGAUAUACUGUCAGGACAGUCCACUUUCCUCGUCGAGAUGAACGAAACAGCAGCUAUACUCAAACAUGCUACUGUGCAUUCACUGGUCUUAUUAGACGAAUUAGGUCGGGGCACGUCAACUUAUGACGGCGCGGCGAUAGCGGCGGCUACUGCAGUAGAACUCGCACAACGCGGCUGUCGAGUAAUCUUCUCGACACACUACCACGCACUGGUUAGGACGCUGCAGCACCAGCCGGCCGUUAAACUCGGACAUAUGGCGUGCAUGGUCGAGACAGACGAAAACACUGCGGACAGCGAAGACAAAAUCCCGGAAGAGACUAUCACAUUCCUCUAUAAACUCAGCCCGGGAGCUUGCCCCAAAUCUUAUGGAUUCAACGCUGCUCGCCUUGCCGGAAUACCCAAGGAGAUCACCAGACGGGCUCAUGAAAUAUCUAAGAAACUGGAGAAGGAGGCCACUUGCGUACGUGCAUUUAGAGAUGUCAUGAAAUUAGAAGACCCAAAUCAUCUCAGGGAAUUGCUGGCAGCAUUGAACAUAUAAAUAUGUUUGUUCGUUAUGAUCGUGUCACAUAAUGCUUUAUGGUAUCUCAUACAUUCUUAAAUUAAAAGUAUACUCAGUUACCUUAGUCCUGCGGAAUGGCGACGCGAUGACGUUAUGGCCACAUACAUGUCACCUGAAUACACAGGUGAUAUAAAAAAAGUAAAAGCAACUUAAAUAGUACUUCUAUUUAACGACGAUUGUCCGUAUAACUUUUUUUAAAUGUAACUGGAAGGGUAAACAAAUAGACAUGUCAGUAUCAAUAUUAAAAAAAAAUACUGAACCGCAUUAUGUUAAAAUCGCGUUCAUGCAUUGCAUUUCUUAAGGACUAAUGGAACUUCAUUUGUCUAUUAUCUUUUAUAUAAAGUGCUAUUGGAACGCAGUACAGGUGAGACAAACAUAUCCACACAGAUAAUAUUGUAAAGUCUGUCUCUGUCUCUCACACACAUGUUUGUUAUUGUUACUGUACAGCUGUUAUUACAUUGUUCACUUAAUGUUAAUGCAUUUGAUUUGUAAAAUCUUUAUGAAUCUCUUGUUGAUCUAUAUUUAGGUAUAUCAAGGAUAUAAUGUUUAAAACAUCCAAUUCUUUGAAGAAGAAAUGUUUUCUAUUUGUGGUCAUUUGUUAGUCAUUCGUUAGGGCCUUGUUUGAUUGUAUGCAUUAUAGCCUACUCAGACGAGAUUAUCCGCACAGGAUAUUUAAUACCGUGAUAGCCAUGAAAUUAUUUUACCAGGUGUUUUACGCAAUUCUGUUCCAUCUAUAGUUUCUGAAAGUGAAUUAAAAAAAAUCUUAAACGAAAGAAAAGUACUCGGUGCUUCGUUUCUCGUCUGUGGAGGCCCUUAAUAUUAUAAUGUAUUAGGUAGAUAUAUAGUUACUUUGCGCGUUUCGUUACUGUUAUUAAUUACGAAUAAAAUACAUCAUUACCUUUUAUUAUUAUAUUCAGCCAGACUUAUCUGUGAUUUUUAGUUGAUCAAGAUUUAAUGUACCCACCAAUUUAUUGAUUUUAU